AUGGUUGGCGCGCCGCGCUUCACCCAAAAACCCUCGAUUCAGCAGACGCCAACGGGUGAUCUGUUGAUGGAAUGCCAUCUCGAGGCGGAACCCGAACCGACAAUCGCCUGGCAGCAUUCGGGCAAUCUGCUGGCUCCGAGCGCGCGAGUCGUUCAGACCCUCACACCAUUGGGCGGCAAUCUCUACAAAGCGACUUUGGUGAUCAAAGAACCGAAUGCCGGCGACGGGGGAGCUUACAAAUGCACCGCCAAGAAUCAGCUCGGCGAAUCAAAUGCGAACAUCAAUUUGAAUUUCGCGGGAGCUGGCGGAGAUGAAGGAAAAGCUCGCGGGCCGACGUUUGUUGGAAAACCGCGAAUCAUUCCCAAAGACGGCGGAGCUCUAAUCGUAAUGGAGUGCAAAGUCAAAAGUGCCACAACUCCAGUUGCAAUAUGGAUGAAAGAUGGAGUUCCUCUCACAAUGGGCGGUCUUUAUCACGCAAUUUUUAGCGAUUUAGGAGAUCAGACAUUCUUAUGUCAGCUGGAAAUUCGAGGACCAUCCUCGUCCGAUGCUGGCCAAUACCGUUGCAAUAUUCGAAACGAUCAGGGCGAAACGAAUGCGAACCUGGCGCUCAAUUUCGAAGAGCCUGACCCAGCCGAGAAGCCCGAACGGAAACGAUCAACGGCGUCGCCUCGUCCGUCGUCCCGCGGACCAGGCAGCCGACCGGCAUCUCCCAAAAAGAAGCAGCAACGCGAAGAGACGCCGAAACGAACAUUGAAGGCGCGCGAAGGUUCGCCGAGCAAAAAACUGCGAUCGAGAACAUCGACGCCAGUGAACGAAGACGUCUCGCAGUCAGAAUCGCGAAGAUCGAGUAGAGUCGAGAAAAUGGAGGUCGAUCAAGUUUCUUCAAAACGAAAAACCGAUGGACUUCCACCGCCAGGAGUCGACGAGAAGAAGCUGCGAGCUGGCAGUCCGUCAGCACGAAAGUCGCCGAGCCGUAAAAGUGUCUCACCGACACCGUCGCGCAAGAGCAGCACCGCAUCUGCUGCAGCUCCCGCCUCACAAAAUGACGACAGAAACAAACGAGCCCCGAUUGUGUUGGAAGCCAGUCGAUCACAGACUGGUAAACCAGGAAGUUCUGUAAUGCUUGAAGUUCAAUGGCAAUGCCAUUCAUCUACUAUUAUUGAAUGGUACAGAGACGGAUCUUUGUUGCAAAAUAGUUCUGAAUAUGUGCAAUCAUUCAAUGGAUCGAUAGCCAGACUUACAGUCAAAAAUUUGACGGAAGAGAAGACAGGUCUCUACAUGUGUCAUGCGAAAUGCGAGUACGGCGAGAGUCAAUCCAGCGCAAUGGUCAAACUUGACCAGUCUGAUAUUGAAGAGGAGCUGCUUAAACACCGCAAAAGCAUUGAAGAGGAGUACCGACGAAGUGAGGAGGAAAAGAGUCAAUCUCUUCAAACAGGGAAGAGAAAAGUGCGACGAAGUAAAUCCAAAUCGAAAAGUCCGGCGCCAUCGGCGAAGAAAUCGGCGAGCGAGCGUCCCGACGCUUCCGAACUCGAAACCGCGCAACGAAGUGAAAGCGCGAAGCCUGAUGCCGACGAGAGCACGUUCAAGUUGACGUUUUUCGAAAAGUGUCAAACGGCACUCGCGCACAAGUACCCGACCUAAGUCUAUUAUUCGUUCUCAGUGAUAAUUGAUGCCACUCAAAUGACGUCGCAUAGUUCAAUGAACUACACGUCGGAAUCCUACUUCCAAAAUAUUCUCAAACGCUCAUCGAGCAACGACGGCCGUCCGCCGCGGGCGCCUCUUCCGCCAGGAGGUCCUCCUCGGCACAAGCUCUCGCUUCGCACCGUCUCGGAUCGCGGUGCGUCGUCGACGUCGCCCGGCUCGACGCCGCCGACAUCGGCGCCUUUGAGUCGCGACUCGUCGAUGCACAAAAUAUCGCAAAUCCAUGCGUUUAUUUUGUCGCGGAUGCCCGAGGGCAUUGCGAAACAGAAAUUCUUGAAAAGUAUUCUUGACUUGGAAGGAAAACAGGGCGAAGCGAAAGAGACCAAUGCAAAAGCUGGCAAUCCGCUCAAAAGUCGAGCAUCGAAUAGUCGGUCGUCGAUUAACAGCAGCUGUAAUGAGUCUCAAUUGGACGAGAUUCCGAGUUCGGGUCUGACGAUCCCCGAGGAGCGCCGUCGUGAAUUAUUGGGUCAAGUUGGUGCCGGAGACAGUGACGACGAGGUCUCCGAAUCAAUUUCCGAGCUUCCAUCGUUUGCCGGUGGAAAACCACGCCGCAAGUCUGAAACUCAAUCGGAGAUGUUUUCUCGUGAUGCUUUGCGAAAAACGAGCACCACCUCAAAAGUUGAGAAAUCCGUUGAGGAAAAACCUCAACUUCGGAAAACCAAAAAGCCUGAAAGUGAGCUCGAUUUCAAGGCGAUGGUCAAAUUGAAGAAAGUGGCCAAAGAUAAUGGAGAUGGAAACGGCACGAAUGGAGAUAAAUCAUUUCCGAUGCAACGUACGGAUUCCACGUCGUCGGUUCUAUCACAAGAAUCGAGAUCUCGACGAGGUUCCGUGAUCGGUAAAGACGGCGGGCUCGAAACGAAUCCUUUCGCUCAACUGCGAAAGGUCAAAAACCCGUCGAAUGGAUUGGACAAGUCCGAUUCAACAUCCAGCAUGAAGAAGCUUGAUAUCAAAAAAGGGCGCGGAGAAGAAGCCGAGCCGCAAGGAUUCGGAGUUCAAUUGAAAAAGGUUGCUCGAAAAGAGCCAGCUGAAUCCGCGACUAGUAAAAAAGAAAAGAAUGGAACGACGUCAGGCAUUGAUAGCCAAGUGACAAUUGAGAAACGGGAGAAGACGACGUUGCAGAAAUAUGAAAGAGUUGAAUCGACAACAUCGAAGAAGGACAAACCGAAACGCGUGCAGAUCGCCGAUGAUGUCCCAACAACGCCGAUUCUACAGAAAGAAGUAACGACGCAGUCAAAGAAAACCGAAUCCAUCGAGAUCAAAGAGAAGCUGCAAGGCCGUCAAGUUGGUCAGAAGCGUGUUGUACAGAAGAAAGAGGAGCAGCAGAGUCUGCUGACGCAGGUGCAACUCAAGAAAGUGACCAAACUGAAAAAGGAAGAAGCCAAUGAGCUCGAAGGUGUCAAACUCAAAAAGGUGUCGACGCAACUCGCGAAACACCAAAACGACGAUGACAGCCCAUCGGAAUCCGAAUCGCGACGUUCUUCGAUUUUCGGAGAAUUGCGACGUGGCUCAAAAGCGCCGCGUGGAUCUGCAGAUCAUUCGCGUCACGACUCGAUCGUAUUGUUUUAUUUUUUAAUUUCUUAUUUUUGGGGUCUCAGACGCUCUAGUAUCGACAUGAGACGCGAAUCAGUCCAGGAAAUCAUGGAGAAAGUGUCGACACCGCUCGUCCCAAGCGGUGCUUCAGGCAGUGCUCCAAAAAUCGUCGAAGUCCCAGAAAAUGUCACCGUCGCUGAAAAUGCGACAGCCAUUCUUACCGUUAAGGUCACGGGUAGUCCCGCCCCGACCUUCAAAUGGUUUAAAGGCACACGCGAGGUUCUCGGCGGCACUGGUCGCUUCAAGCAUAUCACCGACGGCAAGGAAGGAACAAUCUCGUUGGCGUUGCUGAAGUGCCGCACCCAGGAUGACGGUCCCUACACCCUGGUUAUUGAGAAUCCACACGGCAAAGAUUCGGUUGAUGUGAAGCUGCUCGUCACCUCCGAUAACGGCGUCGAUUUCAGACAAUUGUUGAAGCACAGAGAGUCCCAAGUUGGCUUCCAAAAUAAGGAUGACAAAGAGCAGAAGCCGAUGAGUGAAGCUGAACGAAGACAAUCGUUGUUCCCUGGAAAGAAGGUCGAAAAGUGGGAUGUCCCGCUCGCUGAUAAGACCGUUCAACAACAGGUGGACAAAAUUUGUGAGUGGAAGUGCACCUACUCACGACCCAACGCAAAGAUCCGUUGGUACAAAGAUCGAAAAGAGAUUUUCUCCGGAGGUCUCAAAUACAAGAUUGUGAUUGAGAAGAACGUGUGUACUUUGAUUAUCAAUAAUCCGGAAGUCGAUGAUACUGGAAAGUACACCUGCGAGGCGAACGGAGUGCCGACUCAUGCACAGCUCACUGUUCUCGAGCCCCCAAUGAAGUACAGCUUCUUGAACCCACUGCCCAACACCCAGGAAAUCUAUCGAACGAAGCAGGCGGUUCUCACUUGUAAGGUCAACACCCCACGUGCUCCAUUGGUUUGGUAUCGCGGAAACAAGCCGAUCGAAGAGAACGAUCCAAGAUUCAUCAUUGAAAAGGAUGCUGUUGGUCGAUGCACUCUGACAAUCAAGGUUGUCGAGGAAGACGAUCAAGCUGAAUGGACGGCUCGAAUCACGAAUGACGUCUUCUCGAAAUGUCAAGUUUAUGUGGAAGAACCGAGACAUACUUUCGUCGUUCCAAUGAAAUCUCAAAAGGUGAAUGAGAACGACAUCGCAACUCUUGAGACUGAUGUCAACGAUAAAGACGCCGACGUUGUUUGGUGGCACGACGGAAAACGUGUGAACAUUGACAACAACAAGUACAAGGUCGAAUCGCACAACAGGAAGCGUCGAUUGAUCAUCAACGGCGCCAAAAUCGAAGACCAUGGAGAAUACAAGUGCACCACCAAAGAUGACCGAACUAUGGCGCAGCUUAUCGUCGAAGCAUUGAACAAGUUCAUUGUCGCUCUCAAGGACAUGGAGGUCGUUGAAAAGGAUGAUUUGACACUGAUGUGCCAGACGAAGGAUACCCGCACGCCUGGAGUAUGGUUUAGGAAUGGAAAGCAAAUUUCGAGUAUGCCCGGCGGAAAAUUCGAAACUCAAUCAAGAAACGGAACACAUACAUUGAAGAUCAGCAAGAUUGAAAUGAAUGAGGCUGACGCCUACGAGUUCGAUCAAGCUGGACUACACGGAAGUUGUAAUAUCACCGUUUUGGAAGCUGAGAAGCGUCCGAUCUUGAACUGGAAGAAUAAGAAAAUCGAGGUUAAGGCUGGCGAACCAUGCGUUGUCAAAGUUCCAUUCCAAAUCAAUGGAACUCGAAGAGGAGAUCCGAAAGCGAAUAUCUUGAGGAAUGGAAAGCCAAUCGAUGAGGAAAUGAAGAAACUCGUCGAAGUUGUUGUCAAGGGAGAUGUUGUUGAAAUCGUUUUCAAGGAUCCGCAGCUCGCCGAUACCGGAAAGUGGGCACUGGAGCUUGGAAAUUCUGCAGGAACAGCUCUUGCUCCAUUUGAGCUUUUCGUUAAAGACAAGCCGAAACCGCCAAAAGGACCAUUGGAAACAAAGAACGUGACGGCAGAAAGUCUCGACCUUGUUUGGGGAACACCCGAUCCCGACGAAGGCGCUCCAGUCAAAGCAUAUAUCAUCGAGAUGCAAGAAGGACGCAGUGGAAAUUGGGUGAAUGUUGGAGAAACCAAAGGCACCGACUUCAAAGUCAAGGAUCUGAAAGAGCAUGGCGAAUACAAGUUCCGUGUGAAGGCUGUCAACGACGUUGGAAUAUCUGAUCCACUUACUGGCGAAACCAUUUUGGCGAAGAAUCCAUAUACAGCACCAGGCAAGCCGAAAAAUAUGGAAGCCAUUGACAUCGACAAAGACCAUUGCACCCUUGCUUGGGAACCGCCCGAAGAAGAUGGAGGUGCGCCGAUCACCGGAUACAUAAUCGAGCGACGCGAGAAAUCCGAAAAGGAUUGGCAUCAAGUCGGACAAACUAAGGCUGAUUGCUGCGAACUAGUUGACAACAAAGUUGUUGAAGACAAGGAAUACUAUUAUCGUGUGAAGGCUGUCAACAAAGCCGGACCGGGAGAUCCGUGCGAUCACGGAAAACCAAUCAAGAUCAAGGCAAAGAAGGCAGCUCCUGAAUUCACCGGAGGCGGCAUCAAAGAUCUUCGCCUUAAAGUCGGUGAGACGAUCAAGUAUGAAGUACCGAUUUCGGGAGAACCACUUCCGGAAGUGACAUGGGUCGUUAACGGCAAACCAUUGAAGCCAAUUGGUCGUGUGAAGAUGGCUACUGAACGUGGAAAACACGUGCUUAAGAUCGAAAACGCCGUUCGUGGCGAUUCGGGAAAAUUCACCAUCACUCUGAAGAACUCGUCGGGAACCUGCGAUUCGACAGCUACUGUCACCGUCGUUGGACGUCCUUCUCCACCAAAAGGACCACUCGAUGUCGCUGAUGUUUGUGCUGAUGGAGCUACCCUUUCAUGGAAUCCACCAGAAGAUGACGGAGGUGAUCCGCUCACUGGAUACAUUGUAGAAGCGCAAGACAUGGACAACAAGGGAAAGUACAUCGAGAUUGGCAAAGUUGAUCCGAACAAAACUUCACUUAAAGUUAACGGACUUCGCAACAAAGGAAAUUACAAAUUCCGUGUCAAAGCAGUCAAUGGCGAAGGAGAAUCUGAACCACUCUCUGCUGAUCAGUACACAUUGAUCAAGGAUCCGUGGGAUGAACCAGGAAAACCGGGCCGUCCGGAAAUCACCGACUUCGAUUCCGAUCGCAUUGAUAUUGCUUGGGAUCCACCACACAAGGAUGGAGGAGCUCCAAUUGAGGAAUACAUUGUUGAGAUGAGAGAUCCUGACACGAAGGAAUGGAAGGAAGUCAAGCGAGUUCCUGAUACAAAUGCUUCGAUUUCUGGCUUGAAAGAAGGCAAAGAAUAUCAAUUCCGCGUUAAAGCCGUUAACAAAGCUGGUGCUGGUCAACCGUCGGAACCUUCUGAGAAGCAACUCGCAAAACCGAAAUUCAUUCCUGCGUGGUUGAAACACGACAACUUGAAGAACAUCACUGUGAAAGCCGGCGCUACUGUUCGUUGGGAUGUGAAAAUCGGCGGUGAGCCGAUCCCAGAAGUCAAAUGGUUCAAGGGAGACAAACAAUUGGAGAACAGCAUGCAACUCUCUAUUGACACCAAGAAAAACGAGCACACCAUCCUUUGCAUUCCGUCUGCUGUACGAGCUGAUGUCGGCGAGUACAAGCUCACCGUCAAAAACUCUCACGGAGCAGAUGAGGAGAAGGCAAACUUGACUGUUCUCGACAAACCAUCGAAGCCAAACGGACCACUGGAAGUCAGUGACGUCUUCGAGGACAACCUCAAUUUGUCAUGGAAGCCGCCAGAUGACGAUGGAGGAGAGCCAAUCGAAUAUUACGAAGUCGAGAAGCUUGACACCGCGACUGGACGAUGGGUGCCAUGCGCCAAGGUUAAAGACACCAAAGCACACAUAGACGGUUUGAAGAAGGGCCAGACGUACCAAUUCCGUGUCAAGGCAGUAAACAAAGAAGGCGCAUCUGAUGCGUUGAACACCGACAAGGAAACGAAGGCGAAGAAUCCCUACGACGAGCCAGGAAAAACCGGAACACCAGACGUUGUUGAUUGGGAUGCCGAUAGAGUCUCCCUUGAAUGGACACCUCCAGAAAGCGACGGCGGGGCUCCAAUCACUCAGUACAUAAUUGAGAAGAAGGGAAAACACGGCAGAGAUUGGCAAGAGUGUGGAAAAGUUUCCGGCGAUCAGACGAACGCUGAUAUUCUUGGUCUCAAAGAAGGAGAAGAAUAUCAGUUCCGAGUGAAAGCUGUUAACAAGGCCGGACCAGGAGAAGCUUCAGAUCCAAGCAGAAAGGUUAUUGCAAAACCAAGAAAUUUGAAACCAUGGAUUGAUCGUGAAGCGAUGAAGACAAUCACGGUGAAAGUUGGAAACGAUGUUGAAUUCGAUGUUCCAGUUCGCGGUGAGCCACCACCGAAAAAAGAAUGGACCUUUGGAGGAAAUGCGAUUGAUGAUCAAAAGAUCAAAAUCGAUUAUGAGGAUUACAAGACUCGAUUCCAUUUGCGCGGAGCAACUCGCAAGCAUGCUGGCUUAUACACCCUCACAGCCACCAAUGCUUCCGGAACCGACAAGCAUUCUGUUGAAGUCAUCGUUCUCGGAAAACCGUCGGCUCCGUUGGGUCCUCUUGAUGUGAGCAAUGUGUUCGAAGAUAAUUGCGAUCUUGGGUGGAAGGCACCCGAAGACGAUGGUGGUAUGCCAAUUGAUCACUAUGAAGUUGAGAAAAUGGAUCUUGCCACUGGUCGUUGGGUUCCAUGUGGACGCACUGAAGGCACAAAGUUCAACGUGCCAAACCUUCAGCAGGGCCACGAAUACAAAUUCCGAGUUCGCGCGGUCAACAAGGAAGGAGAAUCUGAGCCACUGACGACAGACACCUCAAUUGUUGCGAAGAACCCAUACGAAGUUCCAGGAAAAGUCGAGAAGCCAGAGCUUGUUGAUUGGGAUAAGGAUCAUGUUGACUUGAAAUGGAAUCCUCCUUCUGACGAUGGAGGCGCUCCAAUUGAAGGCUACGUCAUCGAAAAGAAAGAUAAGAAUGGACGAUGGGAAGAAGCGAUGGUGGUUCCAGCUGAUCAAACCACUGCCACCGUUGGUAAUCUCAAGGCCGGAGAAGAAUAUCAAUUCAGAAUCUCCGCCAAGAAUAAGGCUGGUACUGGAGAUCCGUCUGAUCCUUCUGAUCGCGUUAUUGCUAAACCGCGUCAUCUCGCACCACACAUUCACCGAGAAGAUCUUUCUGAUAGUGUGAUCAAGGUUGGAGAGAUGAUUAAGUUCACAGUUCACAUUGAUGGAGAACCAGCUCCAGCAGUAACUUGGCAAUUCAACGGAAAAGGAAUCGGAGAGAGCAAGGCUCAAAUUGAGAACGAGGAUUACAUCUCGAGAUUUGCCUUGGCUAAAGCCACCAGAAAACAGAGCGGUAAAUACACGAUCACAGCGACGAACGACAGCGGAACUGAUAGCGUUACUAUUGAAAUCAAGGUGAAGAGCAAACCGUCAAAACCGAAAGGACCGAUCGAUGUCACCGAUGUGUUCGAAGAUCGCGCCACUCUUGAUUGGAAACCACCAGAGGAUGAUGGUGGAGAGCCAAUUGAAUAUUAUGAAAUCGAAAAGAUGAACACCAAGGAUGGUCUUUGGGUGCCAUGCGGACGCAGUGGUGACACCCAUUUCACCGUCGACACCCUCAACAAGGGAGAUCACUAUAAGUUCCGUGUCAAGGCUGUCAACAGCGAAGGUGCUUCGGAUCCACUCGAAACUGACACCGAUAUUCUGGCGAAGAAUCCGUUCGACCGACCAGAUCGUCCUGGUCGUCCGGAAGCGACCGAUUGGGAUUCUGAUCAUGUAGAUCUCAAAUGGGAUCCACCGGUUUCCGAUGGAGGAGCUCCAAUCGAGGAGUAUCAAGUGGAGAAACGUACCAAAUACGGAAGAUGGGAGCCAGCUGUAACAGUUCCAGGUGGACAAACGACGGCUACCGUUCCUGAUCUCACGAGUGGUGAAGAAUAUGAGUUCCGUGUUGUUGCUGUCAACAAAGGAGGCCCAUCUGAUCCAUCUGAUGCCAGUAAACCAGUCAUUGCGAAACCCAGAAACUUGAAACCACAUAUUGAUCGUGAUGCCCUUCACAAUCUGACAAUAAAAGCUGGCCAAUCGAUCAACUUCGACGUGCCAGUUUCUGGAGAACCUGCUCCGACUGUUAGUUGGAUGUGGCCCGACAACCGCGAAAUUCGUAAUGGUGGAAGAGUGAAGCUUGACAAUCCAGAAUAUCAAAGCAAGCUUGUUGUCCGCCAAAUGGAGCGUGGAGACAGUGGUACUUACAAGAUUCGAGCCGUCAACGUCAACGGCGAAGACGAGGCAUCCAUCAAGAUUAAUGUUAUUGAUAAACCAACGUCUCCAAAUGGGCCACUCGAUGUUCUCGAUGUUCACGCUGAUCAUGUCACACUCGAUUGGCGUGCACCAGAUGACGAUGGAGGCAUUCCUAUCGACAAUUACGUCAUCGAGAAGUUCGAUACUGCGACUGGUCGAUGGGUGCCCGCUGCUAAAGUUAACGGAGAUCAAACAACAGCAGUCGUCGACGGACUCAUUCCUGGACACGAAUACAAAUUCCGUGUAGCUGCCGUCAAUGCAGAAGGAGAAUCCGAGCCAUUGGAAACGUUUGGAACCACACUUGCUAAGAAUCCAUACGACAAACCCGGAAAGACUGGCGCUCCUGAUGUCACUGAUUGGGACAAGGAUCAUGUCGACCUUGAGUGGAAGCCGCCAGCGAAUGAUGGAGGUGCUCCAAUUGAGGAGUAUGUCGUCGAAAUGAAAGACGAAUUUUCACCAUUCUGGAAUGAAGUUGCUCAUGUCCCAGCUGGGCAAACGAACGCUACUGUUGGAAAUUUGAAAGAAGGGUCGAAGUACGAGUUCAGAAUUCGUGCGAAGAACAAGGCUGGACUUGGAGAUCCUUCUGAUUCCGCAUCAGCCGUUGCUAAGGCCAGAAAUGUUCCGCCGGUUAUCGAUCGUAACUCUAUUCAAGAAAUCAAGGUGAAGGCUGGACAAGACUUCCAACUGAACAUUCCAGUCUCGGGAGAACCAACUCCCGAAAUCACUUGGUUGUUCGAAGGAACUCCAGUUGAAUCGAGUGAACAUAUGAAGAUUACGAAUGAUGAAGGAAAAACCAAAUUUGUCGUCAAGAGAGCUCUUCGAUCCGACACUGGAACUUACAUUAUCAAAGCGGAAAACGUCAAUGGUACUGACACAGCUGAAGUCAAAGUGACAGUUCUUGACCACCCGUCGAAUCCUCGAGGUCCAUUGGAUGUUUCGAAUGUUACUAAAGACGGAUGUGAUCUUGCCUGGAAGGAACCUGAUGACGACGGUGGCGCAGAGAUCAGUCACUACAUCAUUGAGAAACAAGAUGCCGCGACAGGACGUUGGACCGCUUGCGGAGAAAGCAAAGACACCAACUUCCACGUUGAUGAUUUGGCUCAAGGCCACGAGUACAAGUUCCGUGUGAAGGCAGUCAACAGAUACGGUGAUUCUGAUCCAUUAGAGGCGCGCGAGGCAAUCAUUGCCAAGGAUCCGUUUGAUCGUGCUGACAAACCAGGAACUCCAGAAAUUGUUGACUGGGACAAAGAUCAUGCUGAUCUUAAAUGGACUCCGCCACAAGACGACGGAGGUGCGCCGAUCGAAGGAUAUCUUGUUGAGAUGCGAACACCAACUGGGGAUUGGGUUGCCGCUGCGAAGGUUGGACCGGACGAGUUGACGGCGACAGUUGACGGAUUGAAACCAGGACAGACGUAUCAAUUCCGCGUGAAAGCACUCAACAAAGCUGGCGAAUCGACGCCUUCUGAUCCAAGCAGAACAAUGGUGGCCAAGCCAAGACAUCUUGCACCAAAAAUCAAUCGCGAUAUGUUCAUUGCUCAACGCAUCAAAGCCGGCCAGACUCUCAACUUCGACGUUAAUGUAGAAGGAGAACCAGCUCCCAAGAUUGAAUGGUUCCUCAAUGGGCAGCCACUUUCAUCUGCUGGAAAGACACGAAUUGACAAUUCAUUGGAUAACAACACCAAACUGACGACUAAGGAGACAACGAGAGCUGACACCGGAAAGUACAAGAUCGUUGCAACGAAUGAAAGCGGAAAAGAUGAGCAUGAAGUUGAUGUGAACAUUCUGGACAUUCCUGGAGCACCAGAAGGUCCGUUGCGUGCCAAAGACGUUACCAAGGAAAGCUGUGUUCUUCAUUGGGAUGAGCCGCUUGAUGACGGAGGAUCGCCGAUUACAAAUUAUAUUAUCGAGAAGCAAGAAGACGGUGGACGUUGGGUGCCGUGCGGAGAAACUUCGGACACUUCCCUCAAAGUCAACAAGUUGUCCGAAGGUCACGAAUACAAGUUCCGUGUCAAGGCUGUGAACAGACAAGGCCAAUCCGCGCCACUCACUUCCGAUCACCCCAUCGUUGCCAAAAAUCCAUUUGAUGAGCCCGAUGCACCAACCGACGUCACACCAGUCGAUUGGGACAAAGAUCACGUUGAUUUAGAAUGGAAGCCACCGGCAAACGAUGGAGGAGCUCCAAUUGAUGCCUACAUUGUUGAGAAGAAAGACAAAUUCGGCGACUGGGUGGAAUGUGCUAAAGUCGACGGGAAGACGACAAAGGCGACUGCCGACAACCUGACUCCGGGAGAGACAUAUCAAUUCCGUGUGAAGGCGGUCAACAAGGCGGGACCAGGAAAACCGUCAGAUCCAACAGGAAACGUGGUCGCGAAGCCAAGAAGAAUGGCUCCCAAAUUGAAUCUUGCUGGCCUUCUUGAUCUUCGUAUCAAAGCGGGAACACCAAUCAAGCUUGAUAUUAGCUUUGAAGGAGAACCAGCCCCAACGGCGACAUGGAAGGCCAAUGAUACUGCGGUGGAAAGUGGAAAUCGUGCUGAUGUAACCACGACACCAACUUCCUCAUCAAUGAAUAUCUUCUCUGCUGUUCGCUCGGACACUGGUGUCUACAAGAUCAUCGUGGAAAAUGAGCACGGAAAGGACAGUGCUCAAUGCAAUGUGACCGUCCUCGAUGUGCCGGAAGCACCAGAAGGACCACUGAAGAUCAACGAGAUUCACAAGGAGGGAUGUUCACUCAGCUGGAAGCCACCAGCUGACAACGGUGGUUCGGAGAUUCUUCAUUAUCUCGUUGAAAAGAUGGACACCACUCGUGGAACUUGGCAAGAAGUCGGAACAUUCCCAGAUUGCAAUGCUAAAGUCAACAAGCUGAUCCCCGGAAAAGAAUAUUCAUUCCGUGUCAAAGCUGUCAACCUUCAAGGCGAAUCGAAACCAUUGGAAGCAGAAGAGCCGAUCAUCGCAAAGAACCAGUUCGAUGUGCCGGAUCCAGUUGAUAAGCCAGAAGUUACCGAUUGGGACAAGGAUCGCAUCGACAUUAAAUGGAAUCCUACUCAGAACAAUGGAGGAUCUCCCGUUACUGGCUACAUUGUCGAGAAGAAGGAGAAGGGAAGCUCAAUUUGGAAUGAAGCUGGCAAGACCUCAGGAACAUCUUUCUCUGCAACCAAUCUCAAACCAGGUGUUGAAUACGAGUUCCGUGUGAUUGCCGUUAACGCUGCUGGACCAUCCGAUCCAUCAGAUCCAACUGAUCCACAAAUCACCAAAGCCCGUUACUUGAAGCCGAAGAUUCUUACGAAUAACCGAAAGAUCAAGAUAAAGGCCGGAUUCACUCACAACAUGGAAGUCGAGUUUGUCGGCGCCCCAGAUCCAACUGCUGAAUGGACAUUCGGAGAUUCUAAUGAUCCACUUGCUCCGGAACUGAUUGUUGAUGCAAAAACCGGUCUCACUAGCAUCUUCUUCCCUUCUGCAAAACGAUCGGAAAGUGGAAACUACAAGCUCAAAGUCAAAAACGAGCUUGGAGAAGAUGAGGGAAUCUUUGAAGUAAUUGUUCAAGAUAAGCCGGCUCCACCGACUGGGCCAUUGGAAGUCUCGGAAGUCACAAAGGAUAGUUGUGUUCUUGAAUGGAAGCCACCUGCUGAUGAUGGAGGUGCUGAGAUCAGCAACUAUGUCGUCGAGAAACGCGACACUCGCACAAACACUUGGAUUCCAGUGUCAGCGUUUGUCACUGGAACUUCGAUUACUGUUCCCAAGCUCACUGAGGGACAUGAGUAUGAGUUCAGAGUUAUGGCUGAGAACGCAUUUGGACGCUCCGACCCGUUGAAUGCCGAUGAACCAGUUCUCGCUAAAGAUCCAUUUGGAACACCUGGAAAACCAGGGAAACCAGAAAUCGUCGACACCGACAAUGAUCACAUUGACAUCAAAUGGGACCCACCAAGAGACAAUGGAGGAUCACCAAUUGAGCACUACGAUGUCGAGAGGAAAGACGCAAAAACUGGAAGAUGGAUCAAAGUCAACACAGCGCCAGUCCACGGAAAUGCCUUCUCAGACACUCGUGUUCAGAAGGGACAUACAUACGAGUACCGUGUUGUUGCUGUUAACAAAGCUGGACCAGGAACACCAUCCGAUCCAUCAGCGUCCGCCACUGCCAAACCAAUGCAUGAAGGUCCUAAAUUUGAGCUCGACCUUGAUGGAAAAGAAUUCCGCGUCAAAGCAGGAGAACCACUUACAAUCACCAUUCCGUUCACUGCUUCUCCGAAGCCUGACAUUGCUUGGACGAAUGAAAGUGGAAAGGCGAUCCCUGGAGUUGAGACGACUGACACACAAACCCAAUUGGUUAUUCCAUCAACGAAAAGAAGCGACUCUGGUCCAGUCAAAAUAAAGGCAACCAACCCAUAUGGAGAAGCUGAAGCCAACAUUCGAAUUGUCGUCGUUAAUCGACCAGGACCGCCGGAUAAUAUCACAUAUCCAUCGAUCACUCGUCAUACUUGCACUCUCAAUUGGACAGCUCCAAAAGACGACGGAGGCGCUGAAAUCAGUGGCUACAAGAUUGAAUAUCAAGAGAUUGGAUCGCAAAUAUGGGACAAGGUUCCUGGAACAGUUCCUGGUCUUUCUUACACUGUUCGAGGCUUAGAGCACGGACAACAAUAUCGAUUCCGCAUCCGCGCGGAAAACAUUGUCGGACUAUCGGAUUAUGCUCAAGGAAUUCCAGUUGUCAUUAAAGAUCCAUUUGAUCCGCCAGGUGCACCAGGAACUCCAGACAUUACCGCUUACGACAGCAACAUGGUGGCUCUUGCUUGGAAUCCACCACGAGAUGAUGGAGGCAGUCCGAUCAUUGGGUAUGUUGUUGAACGAUUCGAGAAGCGUGGAGGAGGCGACUGGGCACCAGUCAAAAUGCCAAUGGUCCGAGGAACCGAAUGCGUCGUUCCAGGACUUCACGAGAACGAAACCUAUCAGUUCCGUGUUCGCGCUGUCAACGCCGCCGGACAAGGCGAACCAAGCAAUGGCACUGAGCCAGUCACUUGUCGGCCAUUUGUCAAAACACCGGGAGCUCCAGAUGCGCCAAGAGUUGGAAAAAUCACCAAAAACUCGGCAGAAAUUACUUGGAAUCGUCCACUUCGCGAUGGUGGCGCCCCAAUCGAUGGAUAUAUUGUUGAGAAGAAGAAACUGGGAGAUAAUGAUUGGACGCGAUGCAAUGACAAACCAGUGAGGGAAACUGCUCUCGAAGUCAAGGGACUCGGAGAACGCGAAGAAUACGAAUUCCGCGUAAUUGCUGUGAACAGCGCCGGCGAAGGAGAACCCUCAAAGCCAUCCGAUCUUGUUCUCAUCGAGGAACAACCGGGAAGACCGAUUUUCGACAUAUCUCAUUUGAAGGAUAUCACCGUUCGUGCUGGAGAGACUAUCCAAAUCAAGAUCCCAUACGCUGGCGGUAAUCCGAAGCCGAUCAUUGAUUUGCUCAACGGAAGCACACCAAUCUUCGAGAACGACCGAACUGUUGUUGAUGUGAAUCCAGGAGAGAUCGUGAUCACUACUACUCAGUCAAAGCGAUCCGAUGCUGGUCCAUACAAGAUCACUGCCACCAACAAAUACGGAAAGGACACAUGCAAAUUGAAUGUGUUCGUGCUUGACGCACCAGGAAAGCCCACUGGACCAAUUCGGGCCACCGACAUUCAAGCUGAUGCGAUGACAUUGAGCUGGAGAGCCCCAGUUGACAACGGUGGUGAUGAAAUCACAAACUACGUUGUUGAGAAACGAACACCUGGAGGUGAUUGGGUGACUGUUGGACACCCGAUCGGAACAUCUCUCCGUGUUCGCAAUCUUGAUGCGAAUACACCAUACGAAUUCCGCGUUCGUGCUGAGAACCAAUAUGGAAUUGGAGAACCACUCGAAACCGAAGAUGCGAUUGUCGCCAAGAAUCCGUUCGACACACCAGGUGCCCCAGGACAACCAGAAGCUGUUGAGACAUCCGAAGAAGCAAUCACUCUUCAAUGGAUUCGUCCGACUUCUGAUGGUGGAGCUCCAAUUCAGGGAUAUGUCAUUGAAAAGAGAGAGAAGGGAACGAAUGAGUGGAUAAAGGCUGCUUUCGGAGCUGUUCUGGACACAAAGCAUCGUGUUACUGGAUUGACUCCAAAGAAGACCUACGAGUUCCGUGUUGCCGCUUUCAAUGCUGCUGGUCAAGGAGCUUACAGCGAUAACUCUGUUCCAAUUACCGCUGACAGUGCGCCAUGCAAACCAAGAAUCAACAUGAGCAUGCUCACCAGAGAUGUCCUCGCCUAUGCUGGAGAGAAGGCCAAGAUCCUCGUUCCAUUUGCAGCUUGCCCAGCUCCAGAAGUCAAAUGGUCGAAAGGCGAGAACAGAAUCAGCGAUUCUGAUGCUCAUGCGAAAUCAGAACACGACGAUUUCUUGGCUUCUCUUACCAUCGAUAAAUGCCAACUUUCUGACGCAGGAUUGUACUUUAUCGAACUUUCAAACAGCCAAGGAUCUGAUUCUGCCAGCAUCCGUCUCAAGGUUGUUGAUAAGCCGGCGCCCCCAACUGGACUUCGCGCCGAAGACAUUUCUCCAGAUUGUCUUACUCUUCAUUGGCUUCCUCCAUCGGCUGACGGCGGAAGUCCGAUCACCAACUACAUCAUUGAACGUCUCGAUUUGCACAGUGGAGAUGGAAAAUGGGAGAAGGUCUCAUCGUUCGUCCGCAAUCUCAAUUACACCGUUGGCGGACUUGUCAAGGAUAACAAAUACAAUUUCCGAGUUCGCGCCGAGAACCAAUAUGGUGUUUCGGAACCAUGCGAACUGCCGGACGCCAUCAUUGCCAAGUAUCAAUUCGAUGUACCGAGCCAACCAGAAGCCCCAACUGUUCGCGAGUUCGAUUCGAACUGGGCAGAGCUUGAAUGGGAUCCGCCGCGUGACGGUGGCUCCAAAAUCAUUGGAUACCAAGUUCAGUACCGUGACACGAAUUCGACUCGGUGGGUCAACAUCAAGCAGGAUCUUGUCGAAGGAUGCCAUACACGUGUUACUGGACUUCGUGAAAAUGGAGAGUAUGAGUUCCGCGUCAUUGCGAAGAAUGCUGCCGGCUACUCGAAGCCUUCGCCAGCAUCGGAUCGCGUCAAACUCAGAUCUCGAUUCGGACCUCCAGGACCACCAAUUCAAGUCGGAGCUCAGUCAAUUGGAAGAAAUCAUUGCACAAUCACAUGGAUGGCUCCAUUAGAAGACGGCGGAUCGAAAAUUACCGGAUACAUCGUUGAAAUACGCGAAUUUGGAAGCACUCUUUGGACUGUCGCCAGCGAUUACAACGUCACAAAUCCUGAAUUCACUGUGGAUCGUCUCAAAGAAUUCAGUGAUUAUGAAUUCCGCGUGAUUGCUGUCAACUCUUCUGGAAAGGGAAUUCCAUCUCUUCCAUCUGGCCCAAUCAAAAUUCAAGAAUCCGGAGGCUCCCGUCCCCAAAUUGUUGUCAAGCCAGAAGACACCGCUCAACCGUACAAUCGACGCGCUGUCUUCGUCUGCGAGGCCGUCGGAAGACCAGAGCCAACUGCCAGAUGGAUGCGCAACGGCAGGGAAUUGCCGGAAAGCAGUCGUUAUAGAUUCGAAGCUUCGGAUGGUGUCUACAAGUUCACCAUUAAGGAGGUCUGGGAUAUCGACGCUGGAGACUACACUGUUGAAGUAUCGAAUGCGUACGGUUCUGACACUGCUACUGCAAAACUCACAGUUUGUGCUCCACCGGUUAUUGAGAAGGAUGUUCCGAACACAAUUCUGCCGAACGGUGAUCUUGUCCGUCUGAAGAUCUACUUCUCGGGAACUGCACCAUUUGUUCAUAAUUUGACAUUGAACAAAGAAGAAGUUGAUCCAGAUCAUCCAACCAUCAGACUCGUUGAAUUCGAUGACCACGUUCUCAUCACAAUCCCAUCGUUGUCAGUUCGUGAAGCUGGACGCUACGAGUACACCGUUUCCAAUGACUCCGGAGAAGCUACCACUGGCUUCUGGUUGAACGUAACUGGAUUACCAGAAGCACCGCAGGGACCACUCCACUUCAGCAAUAUUGGACCAUCGACAGUUACAUUGGCUUGGAGACCACCAGUCACCGAUGGGGGUUCGAAGAUUACCAACUACGUUGUUGAGAAGAGAGAUACUUCAAAGGAUGAAUGGACUGUUGUUACAAGCAGCGUAAAGGACUUGAGUUGCAUUGUCACGGGACUCUUCGAAAACCAUGAGUACGAAUUCCGAGUUUCGGCGAUGAACGAAAAUGGACAAGGAGCCCCAUUGGUCGGAGAUCAUCCAGUGGUCGCUCGUUUGCCUUUCGAUCCACCUUCAUCCCCAAUCGAUUUGGACAUUGUGCAGGUGGGAUCAGACUUUGUCACAUUGUCUUGGUUCCGGCCAGCAACUGACGGAGGAGGUCGUCUUCGUGGAUACAUCAUCGAGAAACAAGAAGAAGGACACGAGGAAUGGUUCAGAUGCAAUCAGAAUCCAUCGCCUGGAAACACCUACAGUGUUCCAAAUCUUAUCGAUGGCCGAAAAUAUCGCUAUCGUGUAUUUGCAGUCAACGACGCCGGUUUCUCCGAUCCAGCUGAACUCCAUGAGACCCAAUUCCAUUCAACUGCUUCCGGAAACGCGCCGAAUGUUAUCUCUGCGUUGAACGAUCUCUCUGAAGAAGUCGGAAGAAGCGUCUCAUUCGAAUGCGAAAUUACUGGUUCGCCAAGACCGGAAUACAAGUGGUUCAAAGGGUGCAAAGAGCUGGUUGAUACGAGCAAGUACACGUUGAUCAAUAAGGGCGACAAACAAGUGCUGAUCAUCAACGACUUGACAACCGAAGACGCCGACGAGUACACAUGCCGAGCAACCAAUUCAUCGGGAACAAAGAGCACAAGAGCCAGUUUGAGAAUCAAGACGAAGCCCAGAGUAUUCGUGCCACCAAAAUACCACGGAGGAUAUGAAUCGCAGAAAGGAGAAACGAUUGAAAUCAAAAUUCCGUACAAGGCAUUCCCAGCUGGCGAAUCGAAAUGGUACAAGGAUGGCGAAAAGAUCGAAGCAAAUUCGAAAUACACUCUUUCAACGGAUGACAAAUUUGCUACUCUGAAGAUUGCGAACGCCUCUCGUGAGGACUUUGGAGAAUAUCGCGUUGUUGUCGAGAAUUCCGUCGGAAGCGAUUCCGGAACAUUGACUGUGACUGUUGCUGAUGUACCAGAACCCCCGAGAUUCCCUAUUGUCGAGAACAUUCUUGAUGAAGCCGUUAUUCUCUCAUGGAAGCCUCCAGCACUUGAUGGCGGUUCACUUGUCACCAGCUAUUUGAUCGAGAAGAGAGAUAUCAGCGGAGGAGCCUGGACGCCAUGCGCCAAGAGUCGCUACGCCUACACCACUGUUGAAGGACUUCGCGCCGGUAUUCAAUACGAGUUCAGAAUCUCCGCUGAGAAUCGUCAUGGAAUUUCGAAACCCUGUGAGCCAACAGCGCCAGUUCUCAUCCCAGGAGAUGCUCGCAAGCGUCGUCGUGCUUACGAUGUCGAUGAUCAAGGAAAGAUUAUUCGUGGAAAAGGACCAACCUCUUCGAACUAUGAUAACUACGUCUUCGACAUUUGGAAGCAAUACUAUCCACAGCCGGUUGAAAUCAAGCACGAUCAUGUUCUUGAUCAUUAUGACAUUCACGAAGAAAUCGGAUCGGGAGCAUUCGGAGUUGUCCACAGAGCUACAGAACGUGCAACUGGAAACAAUUUUGCUGCGAAAUUUGUGAUGACUCCACACGAAGCAGACAAAGAAACAGUUCGCAAAGAGAUUCACACCAUGUCGGUUCUUAGACAUCCAAAACUCGUCAACCUCCAUGAUGCAUUUGAAGACGAUAAUGAAAUGGUCAUGAUCUACGAAUUCAUGAGCGGUGGAGAACUCUUCGAAAAGGUUGCUGAUGAGCACAAUAGAAUGUCUGAGGACGAAGCGGCCGAGUACAUGAGACAGGUUUGCAAAGCUUUGUGCCACAUGCACGAAAUGAACUACGUGCAUCUCGAUUUGAAACCGGAGAACAUCAUGUUCACGACAAAGAAGAGCAGUGAGCUCAAACUUAUCGAUUUCGGAUUGACGGCCCAUCUUGAUCCAAAAGAAACUGUCAAAGUGACAACUGGAACUGCCGAAUUUGCUGCUCCUGAAGUCGCUGAAGGCAAACCAGUUGGAUAUUACACUGAUAUGUGGAGUGUCGGUGUUCUUUCAUACAUUCUUCUUUCUGGACUCUCGCCAUUCGCCGGUGAAAACGAUGAAGCUACUUUGAGACAUGUCAAGAACUGCGAUUGGAACAUGGAUGAUCCAGUUUUCAAUGGAAUUUCCGAAGAUGCGAAGGACUUCAUCCGCAAGCUUCUUCUUGCCGAUUCCUCCACAAGAAUGACCGUUCAUCAAGCUCUCGAACACCCGUGGCUCGCUUCCGGAAAUGUUCCGGGAAGAGACGAGCAGAUUCCAAGCAGCCGUUACACCAAGAUUCGCGAAUCCAUCAAGACGAAGUAUGAUGCUUGGCCUGAGCCAUUGCCACCACUUGGACGCAUCUCCAACUACUCUUCACUCAAGAAACACCGUCCACAAGAAUAUUCGAUUCGUGACGCCUUCUGGGACAGAAGCGAGGCUCAGCCAAGAUUUAUUGUGAAGCCUUAUGGAACUGAAGUCGCUGAAGGACAAUCGGCAAACUUCUACUGUCGUGUUAUUGCUUCAUCACCACCAGUUGUCACAUGGCAUAAGAAUGACCGCGAAUUGAAGCAGAGUGUGAAAUACAUGAAGAGAUACAAUGGAAAUGAUUACGGAUUAACCAUCAACCGAGUGAAAUCAGAAGACAAGGGCGAAUAUACCGUGCGCGCCAAGAAUUCCUAUGGAACCAAAGAAGAAGUGGUGUUCCUCAAUGUUAUAAGAACGUCUGCACCACUUGUCUUUGAGCCACUCGAACCAAUGAAGAAGGCUCCAAGUCCGCCGAAGGUUGAAGAAUUCAAGGAUAGAACAAGCGCACCGAAAUUCACAUUCCAUCUUCGUAACCGUCUCAUCCAGAAGAACCAUCAAUGCAAACUCACAUGCUCCCUUCAAGGAAACCCAACACCAAAGGUCGAAUGGCUUAAGGACGGUUAUCCGGUCAACGAAGACCGUGUUCAAGUCUCAUUCCGCAGCGGCGUAUGCUCAUUGGAAAUUUUCAAUGCUAGAUUAGAAGACGCCGGAACAUACACUGUUGCUGCCACCAACGAAUUAGGAACUGAUGUCUCGGAAUGCGUGCUCACUGUCCAAACCAAAGGAGGCGAGCCAAUUCCAAGAAUUUCGUCGUUUAGACCACGAAGAGCAUAUGAUACACUGUCAUUAGGAGACGUUGAGAGGUCGCACUCGUACGCUGAUAUUCGACGAAGGUCGUUAGUCCGAGAUGUAUCGCCAGAUGUGAGAUCAGCGGCUGAUGAUUUGAAGACCAAAAUUACACAUGAAUUGCCCUCGUUCAACGUGCAACUGAAGGACGUGACCGCCGACGCAGGAUCGACAGCGGAAUUCGUUGCGGAAGUUUCCGGCCAACCAGAACCAUUAAUUGAAUGGCUUCACAAUGGAGAACGAAUCGGCUCAGACGCUAGAAUCAAAGAAUCUCUGAGUGGUGGAAAGGCAACACUUCGAAUCAGCGAUGUUGCAACUGGAGAUGAGGGACAAUACAUCUGCAGGGCAUCGAAUUCUGCCGGACAGGAACAAACGAGAGCUUCGCUUACAGUCAAUGCUCCAUUAGUGAAUGGCCAUUCAAUCAGCGAACUUGCUGUAAAAUCCCAUCUCAGCGGGCAAAUUGUGCCGGCGGGAGGAGUCGCGACAUUCGAGGCGCGUCUCGAAGGAGAUGCUGAAGAAGUGCUUUGGAUGCGAAAUGGACAAGAACUUACAAACAGCGACAAAAUUGAGAUCACAAGCGAAAACGAGGUGCAUCGAUUAACAAUCAAGGAUGCUGCAGCUUCAGAUGCGGGACAUUAUCAACUUGAAGCUCGCAACAAGGGAACAAAUUUGGUAUCGGUUGCCUCGUUGGUCGUCGUCGGCGAGAAGGCUGAGCCGCCAGUUACCAAACUACCGGCAUCAGUAUCAGCAGCAGUCGGAUCUUCGACUUCGUUCACCGUAGAAUUUGAAAAUGUUGAAGGUCUCACUGUUCAGUGGUUCCGCGGCGCCGAGAAAAUCGAAAAGAGUGAUAGAAUCAAGUCAGUGAAGUCGGGCAACACAUUCAAACUUGAUAUCAAGAGCGUCGAACAAGAAGACGACGGAAUCUACGUCGCGAAGGUCGUCAAAGAAAAGAAGGCGAUUGCAAAAUACUCAGCAGCUCUUCUUCUCGCUUAA